AUUAUCUUCCUGACCGGGCUCACCCUUCUCAAUCGAAAAAAGAAGAAGAAAAAAGAAAGAAAAAAAAAAACAAGGCCUAUUCGAUGACGUCUACCACCGCACCCAUGUCUACCCGAAUCAAUUACAGCAAUGUGCUUGCAAAAGCCCGAGUGCUUGUCCUAGGCGGCUCCUCGGGCAUCGGCUUCUGCGUAGCUGAGCAUGCCCUGUCCUUGGGCGCGAUUGUCACCAUCUCUUCUUCGCGCCAAACAAAGUUGGACAAUGCACUGAAACGACUAAAGACCUCGGUGCCGGGCUCGGCGGAUUGCGUGGACGGACAGGUGUGCGACCUGUCAGAUGUCGACUCUAUCCGCCCCAACCUCGAGGCGCUGCUGAAGAGCGCUACCCGCACGCAGCUACUCGACCACGUCGUCUUCACUGCCGGUGACGGCAUCAAGAUUCGACCCGUCUCCGAGCUUGACGUGCCGACGAUCCAACGCAUGGGCCAUGUCCGCUUCUUCGGUCCUAUGCUGCUCGGUGGCCUCGCAAAGGAUUAUAUGAAGCCCUCCAAGACGUCUUCCAUCACUUUGACCAGCGGGGCAAGCAUUCAAAAGCCAAGCAAAGGGUGGACUGUCGUCUCGGGCUAUGGCGCUGGUACCGAAGGAAUCGCCAGAGGUCUUGCCGUCGACUUGGCUCCUAUCCGUGUCAAUACAGUCAGCCCCGGCGCAGUGCACACCGAAAUGUUCGAUGAAAUCCCCGAGACCAGAUUACCCGCGGUUCUAUCUGACUUCCGCAAGCGGAGCUUGACAGAUAGUGUGGGCACACCUGAGGAGCUAUCGGAGGCCUAUAUUUACUUGAUGCGAUGCUCGUUCGCGAGCGGUUCCUUGAUUGAGGUGAAUGGCGGAUCUUUAUUGGCAAGGGAAUAAAUCAUUGCUGCGACUUUUCAACAAUUUUACGGACAGACUUGUUGCCAGUAAUAUGUGACGUUGAAGUUCCCCGAGGCAAGGACAAUAUUGAAGCUACUCCAGAUCUAAACCUCCAUCUUGAACAAAGAUCCGUUUGUUUCUUUUCACGCCAUGUACUGUAUGUCCGUGAUACCCUUUACUAUAAACACCACCUCACAUAGGCCCUUCUGGUGAGCUCCCGAUAGCGGGACCAAACGAAGUCAUCAACUGCAGGGUAGCCACUAGACACUGGAAGAAG